AUUAGAAGGGCAUCACGUAAUCUUUAUACAUUGUACAGAUUGUUAUGUCGCUAUGUUGUCAGAGGUGCUGCAAGUACUGAGAGGUGCUGGCAAGGUUGGUGCUGCCUUUGCCACCACCCAAGGAGAGCAGCUGCGACUGGUGGCAUGCAAUUCAACUCUGGGCUCAGGAGUUAAAGCAGUCCAGGAUGCAGUUGAGUCAUGGACAGGCACCACGAUGAGACAAGAUGAGACAUCCAAAACUGAGAUUUACCCUGAUGCUGAGGGAUGGGACCAGAUGGAGCAGGAUGAGGCAGCCAAAUGGACCAUGAGCUCGGAGCUCCCUCCAGACAUCGUCAGUGAAGAUGGCACUGCCACGUAUACUUCAGGAACACCCAAUGGAACACCUGGUGGCCCUGGCUGGCCUGGUCAAAGUGCUCGGUUCUUGCACGUUUCAGCACCUCUUCACAAUGUGAGGUUUGUUCACGACACUGUAGUGGCCAGACUGAGUCCAGAGGAUAUCAAAAAGGCCCGGGAGUCAAAACAGAACGUCACCCGACCCAUUCGACAAAAGUUAAGUGAACGAGCCAAAGAAAACAAGGUUCCCGUCACACGGAUAAGCAGGCUUGCGAAUUUUGGGGGUUUAGCUGUUGGACUUGGACUUGGUGCCAUUGCUGAGGUAGCAAAGCAGUCGUUCGGAGGAAAACGUGCAGAUUCCGGCGCCGUGUUAGACUCUUCGUUCCUGUCUGAGGCGAACGCAGAGAGGAUUGUGAAAACACUGUGUAAGGUGCGAGGCGCGGCGCUCAAGCUUGGCCAGAUGCUGAGCAUUCAGGAUAACAGCUUCAUAAACCCACAACUCCAGAAGAUUUUUGAGAGGGUUCGACAAAGCGCAGACUUCAUGCCAGCCUGGCAAAUGAACAAAGUUCUGGAAGAGGAGUUGGGUUCCAACUGGAGGGAGAAGUUCUUGUCGUUUCAGGAUAAACCCUUUGCAGCGGCCUCCAUUGGACAAGUGCAUCAUGGUGUCUUGCCUGAUGGAAGAGAAGUGGCUAUAAAGAUACAGUAUCCUGGAGUGGCAGAGAGCAUCAAGAGUGAUAUAAACAACAUCAUGUCAGUGUUGAAGAUGAGUGUGGUGCUUCCCGAUGGCUUGUUUGCUGACAGCAGCCUUGAAGUGCUUCAUAGGGAACUCGCCUGGGAGUGCGACUACAAACGAGAAGCACAAUGUGCCAAACGCUUCAGGGCUUUGAUGGAAGGACACCCAAUAUUCAAAGUACCUGAGGUGAUUGAUGAGCUCACCAACACUCGAGUGCUCACUAUGGAAUUUAUCAAUGGAGUCCCACUGGACAACUGUGAAGAUCUAGAUCAGGAGACCAGGAAUCAAAUUUGCUUCAGUAUUCUGCAGUUGUGUCUCAGAGAGCUCUUCGAGUUUCGCUUCAUGCAGACGGAUCCCAACUGGUCCAACUUCUUCUAUAAUGCUGAGGAGAAGAAGAUAUACCUUUUGGACUUUGGAGCUUGCAGAGAAUACCCUGAGUCUUUCACUGAUGACUACAUUGAGGUGGUGCACGCAGCCUCAGUUGGUGAUCGUGCCACAGUUCUGCAGAAAUCCAAAGACCUGAAGUUCCUCACGGGGUAUGAAACCAAGGCAUUUGAGGAAGCCCACGUGGAGGCGGUGAUGAUAUUAGGGGAAGCAUUCGCCUCACCAGACGCCUUUGACUUCAGCACUCAGAACACGACACGCCGCAUCCACAAUCUGAUCCCUGUGAUGCUCCGGCAUCGACUCACACCCCCUCCGGAGGAGACCUACUCUCUACACCGCAAGAUGGCUGGCUCCUUUCUCAUCUGCUCCAAGCUAGGGGCGCGAAUCUCUUGCCGAGACAUGUUCCUCAACAUCUAUAAUGCUUAUAACCACCAGUGGCAACAGAGGGCUGGUCAGCCAUAAGGUCAACAGAGGUGUUUGCUUAGUUUGGGACUGUAAACUGUUAUAUUAUGAUGUGCAGAAAAGUGGACUCUGAUACAUUGCGUGUAAAGUGCCUGGUUCAGUGUGAGAACUGUAUUUUUGGUAUUUUAUGUAAUGCCCAGAUCUAAGAGAGAUUGUUUUAAUAACUUUAAAUAAAGACGAUACAUGUAUUUAUGUAUUAUGGACAGUCGGGUGUCUACACAGACAUGACCUAGACAUUUCUAGGUGCACUUCUUAGUGCGCUCUCAGUGUUGGUCCCAAGCCUGGAUAAAAAAGGAGGCUCGUGACAGGAAGACCAUCCAGGGUAAAGAAUGUCCCAAAUCAGGUAUGCGUCUGUGAUCUGCCUUUAGGUCUUCAUACUGAUGUUCAGUGGGGUUGGCUACUUAAGGGCAUUUCUAGACUAUAGAAGGUUGAAGAAAGUUGUGGAGAAGUAUGGAAUUUGGACGUGUAUAAAAUUGUAUUGGGCAAUGUUUGUGUAAUGUAAACACUACAGAAAUGAGUUUGACCAUGUUUUCUCUAGGAAAUAGUUCUGCUUUUUAUAGAUCUGCUGAAAAUUCUGCUUUUUAAAAUACAUUUGGUUACGCUUAGUAAUAUAUUGUGUAUUUCUAAAAAGCAGGUAUUUAAUUUUUAAAAUAUGUAUUUUGAAAAGCAAGAAGUACAAAGACGUGUGUGUGUGCAUUCAG